ACCGCCGCCACCGGAGCCGGAAGCGCGGCGGGCGGAGCGGGUAGCGUUGGGCGCCGCCAUGAGCUUCCUCAUCGACUCCAGCAUCAUGUUCACCUCGCAGGUGCUGUUCUUUGGAUUUGGGUGGCUCUUCUUCAUGCGAAAGCUCUUCAAGGAUUAUGAGGUGCGACAGUAUGUGGUCCAGGUGAUCUUCUCUGUGACCUUUGCCUUCUCUUGUACCAUGUUUGAGCUUAUCAUCUUUGAGAUUUUGGGAGUGCUGAACAGCAGCUCUCGAUAUUUUCAUUGGAAGCUGAACCUGUGUGUCAUUUUGCUCAUCCUAAUCUUCAUGGUGCCCUUCUACAUUGGUUACUUUGUUGUGAGCAAUAUCAGAUUAUUGCACAGACAAAAACUGCUUUUUGCGUGUGUUGUGUGGUUGACGUUCAUGUAUUUCUUCUGGAAGUUGGGGGAUCCGUUUCCUAUCCUCAGCCCAAAACAUGGAAUCCUGUCUAUAGAACAGCUCAUCAGCCGUGUUGGUGUGAUUGGGGUGACACUCAUGGCUUUGCUGUCAGGAUUUGGGGCUGUCAACUGUCCAUACACUUACAUGUCCUACUUUCUCAGGAAUGUGACAGAUGCAGAUAUUCUGGCUCUGGAGCGACGACUCCUUCAGACUAUGGACAUGAUUGUUAGCAAGAAAAAAAGGAUAGCAGUGGCUCACAGGACAAUGUUCCAGAGAGGAGAAGUGCAUAACAGACCCACUGGCUUCUGGGGAAUGAUAAAAAGUGUUACAACAUCUGUUCCUGGCAGUGAAAAUCUGUCCCUUAUCCAGCAAGAAGUGGAUGCCCUGGAAGAAUUGAGUCGGCAGCUUUUCCUGGAAACUGCUGACUUGCAUGCAACAAAGGAGAGAAUAGAGUAUUCCAAAACUUUCCAGGGAAAAUACUUUAACUUUUUGGGUUAUUUUUUCUCCAUCUAUUGUGUCUGGAAAAUCUUCAUGGCAACCAUCAAUAUUGUAUUUGACCGUGUGGGGAAGACUGAUCCGGUCACAAGAGGAAUUGAGAUCACUGUAAAUUACCUGGGAAUCCAGUUUGAUGUCAAAUUCUGGUCUCAGCACAUUUCCUUUAUUCUUGUUGGAAUAAUCAUUGUUACCUCCAUUAGAGGGUUGUUAAUCACACUUACAAAGUUCUUCUAUGCCAUUUCCAGCAGCAAGUCCUCCAACGUUAUUGUUCUGCUGUUAGCACAGAUAAUGGGAAUGUACUUUGUGUCAUCAGUGCUGCUGAUCCGCAUGAGCAUGCCUCCAGAAUACCGCACCAUCAUCACAGAGGUCCUGGGAGAGCUCCAGUUCAACUUCUAUCACCGCUGGUUCGAUGUGAUAUUCCUAGUUAGUGCCCUCUCCAGUAUCCUCUUUCUCUAUUUAGCACACAAACAAGCCCCAGAAAAGCAUAUGGCCCUCUGAGGCAGAACUGCAGCACUGCACUGCUCUCUGUCCUGUCAGCUGCGCUGCUGCAGCUCCUGUGGAUUGCAGAACUUCGAGAGACAGGACUGCUCUGUGUGUUUGGCAGUGUAACUGCAAAACUUGGAGAGACAGGACUGCUCUGUGUGUUCUGGCUCCUUGAACCUCCACCCGUGUCAUCAUCAGGCUCUGUGGCUCAUUUUAUUCAGUGCCACAGCUGGAAGGGAUGGGGGUGUGUGUGUGUUAAACUUGAAACAGUUAAUUGCCAGGCAAUAAAAGCAAUGCUGGAUACACCACUAUCCAGGGGCAUCAGAGCUUGUGUGGUAGGCUGGCUGAGGGAACACCUCCUGCUGUUGGAACAUCAUCUUCACAGAAGGCACCAAGAAAUGUGAUUUUUCUUUUGAAAAUCAACUUAUAAUUGGGAUUUGGAGGACAGCAAUUCUGGAAUUGAAUGUUUGCGUCUGUGGAAUUAAAUAAGCUUUUGUAAUAUGUGAGUAUCACAGUUGUUUUUUGUCAGUCCCAAAGAUUUGGCUGGAUUUGAGCCAGAAGGUGGUUGGGAUUUGCAGUUCCAGCAGGAGUGGAGUGGAGAGAACUCCAUUUCUGUAUGUAGUGUGUGCUAGUGUGUAUCACUAGCACCUACUGUCCUUGGAACUGGAGAUUUGCUUUCUCUUACUGAGUGUCAACUUUCUUUUCUCUCUCUGCAUAAGUGGAACUGAGGUUUUGGAUUCCUCUUUGGUAGAGUUCAUUGUUGAGUGGAAGACCACUGCCAUGCCUUGUUUACAUUGUAUGUUAGGAAUUUUAUUCUUGUGACUUAAACUUUUAGGUUCUCAUUGCCACAGGCUUUGUUUUAUAAUUGUUCUGGAACAUAAAUUAUAGGUGGUAGGAGUAAGAUUUGGAGGGGGGAAAAUAACCACUCUAAACAAUUUAUUUCUGUAUUGUCUUUGGUGUACAGCAAGGAAGCAAAGUGCACAGCAGCAGCAUUACUGAACCAUUUGUGUCACAUUCAGGACAACAUGGGGGUUAGACGUGGGGUUAGACUGAAUU